UGCGCCCGGCCGGGCGGGCCCCGAGCGGGGACGGCGAUGGGGACGCGGAGGAGGAUCGAGCUGCGGAGAAGGGGCUCCCUGUGCCCACCCCGCCCCUCCUGACCCCGACCCCGCACCGCGGGGGCCCCCCGGGGGCAGCCACCGCCUCCCCGUGCCCGCAGGAUGGACCGAGAGGAGCCGGGGGGCACCGGCUGCGGUCCCCAAGGGGACCCCCCUCCUCCUGCCCAUGGGGACCCCCCCGUGGUGGUGGCGGCCGUCACCAACGCAGCCUUCGAGGAGGACCCACCGCCCUACUCGCCCCCGGACCCCAAGAACGUUCAUCUCCUCUACCCGCCGUUCCCCGCCGGCUUCUCCCUUCAGCAAAUGCCCAUCGUCUACCAGCCGGGGCCAGGACACGGAGUCUUCCCCCCCCCGGGCAUCCCUGCUGUGCCCCUGCCCUGCGCCGCCAACGACGGGCAGCCGAGCACGGGGACAUCGGCCGCUGGGCACGGGCAGCGCCUGCCCAAGGACUACAUGGUGGAGUCGGUGCUGGUGACCAUCUUCUGCUGCCUACUGACUGGGGUCAUCGCCCUUGUCUACGCCCACGAGACCCGGGCGGCGCUGGGCCGUGGGGACAUGGCCCAGGCAAAUGUGGCAUCCAAAAAAGCCCAGUCGCUGGUCCUCUUCAGCCUCCUCUUCGGGUUGUUCGCCUCCACCACCUGGGUCAUCUACGUCCUGGUGGUCCUGUACCUAUGACGAAGCCCCGAGCCGCAGGGACACGGUGCGUGCAAGGAGCCCCCCACGGCCUGGGGGGCAGGUGGGGCGGCCACAGCCCCUGUGUGGCAUUGCUGGGGCUGCUGAGGGAAAUGAGUGACCACAAAGCGUUACCCCAAGGCCGAGGGACAGCAUCCAUCCUUCACUUGCCCACUCUCAGCCCCACGAAAUGUGGUGCAGGCAGGAGGAACCCAAACCGAAGCAAUGCCGGCACCGUGCCCUGCCAGAGCCAGCUCUGGGAAAGGAACCAUUCGGGACAUUGGAUUAGGCUUUGCUGCAGGAUGCUGAAUCCCAUCAACACGGACUGUCACUUGGAGAUGCCAAACAGGACCCUGUCACAGGGGGAGCAUCUUGCAGAGUCGAGGCUGGAGAUGGAGCAAAUGCCCAAAGCACAACGGAGAGGCCAAGGCGUGCAGCCCUCACCGGUGAUUAAUAACGUGAGAGGAAAUAAAACCAUGAAUUGAGCUUCUACAGUAACUCCACACACACAAAUGCUGUAUCGCCACCUUCUUGCUGCUUCCAGAUGGAAAUAAAAUACAGGUGUAGCCAAAGCUCCUGUUUUCUGU